UCGAAGCAGUGUUUGAGUUUAAACUGACUGUUAAGGGAAAGUUCUUUGGUGUGUGUAUUUAUACGCGAUAUUAACGAGAAACACCCUCAAUUUAGUGGCUAUUAGAAGAGGAGUAGAUCCCCUAUGGAUCUGCUCAAAGAAAACGAUGAAUUUCAUUCCUGGGAAGAAUGGAAAAGCCGCUUUGACGAGUGGUGUCAAGCCACCGGCCAACAAUACAAAGUCAACACAUCACGAACUGUCUCAUCAUACAACAAAGGCCGCGACAUGGCAACUCAAAAAAGGGAAGGUGCCGCAGCUUCAAAGGGUUCUGCAUCAAGCACUAAGUCUGCCCCAGAGCUUGCGCCAAAGGUCGACGAUAGAUGGCAAUUCGUCUAUGUUCGUUACCUAUGCGUUCACAACAAUCGGCACAGCAAUAAACAACCGACAAUAUCUCGAAAUUGUAAGGCAUCCGUUGUAGUAAAAUACGAACGGAAGAUGGAUUGUAUUCUUUUAUUUAAAUUGGAUCCAAGCCACGAACACGCCGAUAGAGCCCAAAGUUCGGCUUCAGGAGCAUCGCAAGGCUCGGGAGUCGAUGCGAUAAACCAGAGCCGGACUGAAACACCUCAGCCACAAGUUUCGCCAAUUUCAGUUUCAACGUCUGUUAACCUUCAGCAGCAAGCACAGGGAGGUCAUUCGCAAGAUGACGUAGGUGACGAUUCUCUUGACGGUGUAGGCGAGGCUACGGGCGAACAUGAUAUAACAGCUGCGUUGGAUGGAGAUGAGCUCGUCGAUGACUCCCAUGGGAUCAGCCACCCGCAAGCCUCGCCCAUACCUGCGUCCGGUCUAGGGAGCAACAUCGCAGUCAGCGUUGGUACAGAGGAAGAGCCGGAGCCAGAUGACGACCUCGGGUCGGGGCCACCCGAAGGAUACAGGGCGCUUUCGCUUCAGCAGCUAACUGAAUUACCGGAAAAAUUGACUCUCCGAGGUGAUCCUGCUCCAGUCCAUAUUCUCAUACAAGAGCUCCACAAGUUAAACGAGUGCGAUCCUGACAGCAGCUCAUCUGUAAUCGUAUCUACCACGUCAUUUGAGUUAGUAGCGGUUUUUUUCCAGACUGGUCAUAUGAAAAGGAAGUUCGCCCUUUACCCAGAAAUUCUCUUAUUUGAUGCUGGGUAUCACUUUGCCAUGAAUCCUGAUUUUUCACUAGUAUCGUUCUCGGGACAUGACGCCCAAGGACUUGGAGGACCUUUCGCUUUCGCCAUUCUUAUGAAACCAAUUCGACUUAUGGCUGGCCUUUUAUUGACCGUGUUCAUCGGCCACAACCAACCAGCUGCUCGUGACGUUCACUGUAUAUUACUCGACAGGGAACAACACCGCCGACUUAAAAAUUCGCUUUCUACACUAUUCGAAGGGGCAAAGUGUGUACUUUAUUGUCAUUUUCAUGUAGUGCGUUCUAUGCUAAAAGAGAUGACACGCUUGGAGUUACCGCCACUAAUUCAAGAAAAAAUUUGCAAAACACUUCGAGGGAUGUUUUCUGGCCUCCAAGAAAAAAAUUACAAUGAACAUCUAAAAAAGCUUGAUCAAAUUGAGCCACGCUUUGCGAAAUACUUCAACACGCAAUGGCAUCCCACCAGGGAAAUGUGGGCUGGAUUUAGGCGGGAGGGAAUGGUGCCUUUCGCAAACGGAAUGAACGACCGGGUCGAGGUCUUGUCGCAAUUCAUGUCCCUUGUGUGCGAACGGUCGCAGACACUUUCAGAUGCACUCUGUAACCUAGUGUAUGCGGUUACAGGAAUUAUUGAACAAACAAAUACAGAGAGACUUUUGUGCGAUAUUCGGGAGUAUCAUAUGAAGAUGGUGGAACACGAAGCGAGACUAAUAUCUCUUUGUUCUGACUACGCAGCAUUACAUGUGCUAACACAGGUCCGAAUAUCCAGAACUUACAAGUUUUCGGUGACUCAAACAUCAAGCGAAUCGACGUAUCUUGUCUCGUCAGUUGCUGGAAAAGGCUCAGUGCAGCCUGGACGAGGUUUCGCUUGUUCCUGCUCAUUUUAUCGGUCAUACCAAUUGCCCUGUAGUCAUGCGUUCGUGGUCGCUAUUGCUCAUGGAAUCCCAAUGCAAGAUUCCUUAGUUGUCGACAAAUGGCGCCGGACGGACCCAUUUCCUGUUGAUGUUCUCCCAGCAGAUCUCACUGCCGAAUUGCCUGCCAGUGAGAUGAAGUAUAGCGAUAAGUUAAAUAAAAUGAAAGAGGUGACUAACGCAUUAGCGACUCUGGCGGCCGUGAGUACACAAAGCGACUUCAAUAACAUGUACUCGAUUGUUAGCCAAAUGUACAAGGUGUGGACACGCAACAGCGGACAUAAAAUCACCUUGAACGUAGCUGCCCCAGGCACCGGGAAGAGCCAAAUCGUCAACGUGGGCGUAAGCCUAGGUGAUGAGGAAGAUAUGGAUCUCGCCAAUGGAAGCUCUAAACAUCUCAAGGAUGAUGAUCCCAGUCUAAAUUUCACGAUGUCGUCUGUGGUCGGGGUAAAAGGCGUUGGAAGUUCCUCAGGAGGCGUCGUAUCUAAUGUAGCGGUAUUCAAUAAACUGGCGGCUCCCGACGAUGCUGUCUUUAGUUUCACCGGAGGAACACUUUCAAGCGGUUUAGGAGUCCCCCUUGCGGACUCAGGCCACCUUGAAGAGUACGGAGAUUUGAAUUGCUUUACUGCACCUUCUGGAGGCCCAGUUGAAAGCACAGCAAAUAUGAACCUCUUCGAGGACCUACCCGCAGCGGGGGGUCGUGAAAAUAGCCCUGUGCUACUUUCCAUUAAAGAUGAAGAGGACUCGAAAGAUGAUGACAGCUCUAAGGUCGGUGUGGGUAGUCUAAAGUGGGAUCAAGUUGAAAACUACAAGCUGCUCGAUUCGAUCAUUGCUGGGCAUGACAUUACAAUGGAUGAGCCGGAUAAGUAGUAACCGAACGAAGGAGAAUCCACUAAAUGUAUGACAUCCAUAGGAAUUCUUUAGGUGAUACAGAAGCGGAGAACGACUGAGGUUUGGAACUUCUUAUUGAAAGAUGGAACUAGGUAAUGCAAAUGAACGCAUUAGGACUUCGCGCAGACUGAAAGAAAAAAUGGAGAAUCAUAUUAGAUGACAGUAUAUUUGUGUGUGUGUAACUUUUCAAAAUGUUUUGGUGGUCCAGAAUCUAACCAACUUGUCUGGCUGCAUUUUUUGAGACAGUUUCUUUUUGUGUUAUAUGAUAGGAAUGGCAGAGGCUUCUCUCAGUUUAAUUGGGUGCCUUGUUUUGACUAUAUUUUAGGGAACUAAAUUAGUACGAGUUCGUUCAAUUAGUGGGUGCGCAUUACAGGCAGUUUUAAAUCAUACCUUUUAACCAAAACUAGUUACCAACCACAAAUAAACUAUUUAGUUAAAGAAGUAGGCUUUGUGGUUCAAGAUCGUUUUGUAAUAUCGGGUGUUAGGGUGAGAUAUAACAAAAUUUUGGCUGUCGCUUGUAACAAGGUUCUAUUGUUCCGUAAAUGAUCGUUGCGUUGAGCUUUUUUAAGUUCUCUCAUUUUUUCCCAUGACACUUACGCUAACAGUUUGCAGAUUUUUCGAACUUGUUAUUAUUGCUUCGUUGAUUGAAUUAUUGUUCUUAUUUGCAAUAGAGAACAUGUCACAGAUACCACCGCGUAAAAGGGCAUUUUAAAGAUGAUGUAGGGAUGAGCCAUAGAAUAGUUCAGGUCACAUUCAGUUUAAGGCGUUAUUGAUUAACUUGGUAAUACUACAUACGCAGGUGUAUUACCCGAUUUUAAUUCAGUUUCUUGAACUGACGUGGAUUCUAGUUUUAAAAAAAAGCGCUCCGAUUUGUCGAUCAGCAGAUAUAAGCAAAAUUCUAACAUCAUAUCACACUCCAUGCACCUCUUGUGUCUCGAAUGCUAGCGCGCCUUUAUAACCUAAAUGUGGUUAGUACGUAAGCAUACGUACAGCAAAAAAAAAAAGAAGAGCUUCUGUUUUUUGCCUGUGUCCCUUUCCAGUCGUGAAUAAUCGUAAACAUCGCGAAAUGAAUUUGGUCCAUAGAUGAGUGCAGUACACAAACGAGUGGACCUAUGGUGAAUUACGAUACCUUCAUUUGUAAAUACUCUUUUCAUAUAUAUAUAUAUAUAUAUAUAUAUAUAUAUAUAUAUAUAUAUAUAAAAGAGGUCGCUGAGUGUAAACACAAGACAGUUGUUCCGGCGUACAAGUGGAUGUUGUGUUCAACAAACCCAGGUAAUUUGAACUUACUGUGGAAUGUAAUGGAUAAGAGGCAAAUACUACUGAAAAUAUACAUCACAUAUUUGUGUGAAAAUCGACAAAAUUACUCAUACAGGUUCGAACUAAUAAAGGAUUAUUAUACUUGAUGUGCUAUGGUUAGUCACUAAUCAAAAUGAUGAUGUUUUGAUAUAAGCAAAACAAAACGCUUUUUUUGUGUUUAUGCAUUAUAAAACUACGAUUCUUUAAAGAACCGAAAAGAAAUAAUUUGGGAUACAUAAGCAUAUGUUUGCAAAAUGUUUCCAAACUUAAAAUUCAAUUUCAAGUUCAGCUUAGCUUUUAUUUUGUCAAAAUAUUUUGGGUAGUCGUUAGGAUGAUGCUGCAGUAUUCUUGUUUCUUUUUUUGGCUAUCAUAUUUAUAUCAUAUAUAUUCCUUUCAUUAAGAGUACAUACAAUGAUAAAUCUAUAAAUUAAGUGAUACAAAUUUCUGAAAACUAAAUUAUUGAAUCGGUAAUCUUAUUGUUUCGAUCUAUAUUUUCGCAAAUCUCGACGUAUCCGUACAACCAAAAUUGUUUCUAUUGAUAGGAUGAAAAGUUGCGCCUUUUAACUUAACGUGCUUGUAACUGCGCCUGGAACGCAAAAAUAAGCUUAAGAUCACCUCGGGAACGGUAGCAAAUGGGUUUAAGGACAAAUUUUGCUUAAUGUACCUCUCUUGCAAGGGGUCGUUAAAAGUAGCUUUUGAAAAUAGAACAUUGUCUUCGUAUAGUUAACCUUAGUCCUCCUUCCUGCGUCAGGAAGAAAAAUUGUAGAUCCGUUAUUGUUAUGGUUGUUUCAGUAACUUUGCGCCUUGAUUGUUCAAACAGCGCAGCUUAGUAGGAGAGAAGUGGGCCAGCAUAAUAAUCGGUUCUACGAACGAGAAGAUCGGGCGCAAAUCUCUUAGAGUACACGUGUUUAUUAAGUGCUAAAAGCCAAACAUAUGUUAUAAAAAUUUCGGAUGUAAAACUCAAAAUUUUUAACCUAAUCCAUUAAAAUCACACCAAGCGUUCCAUAUAAACAUUCCAUAUAAUGAUAGGUACAAUAUCUCUAGUCGAAGUCCGAAGCAGAUGAACUUCCAUCGCUUACUGUUUUGAAGCAAGUCGUGUAUUAAAUAGAUGUUUUACACUAGCGAAUCCAGUUUGCAUCGACAAUUGUGAGUCUGAUAAUACUAUAAUGCUGCAUUUUCUUCGAAAGUACCAAGCAUAUUGAAGUAAUCGAAUGCGUUUCUCCGUAUCGCUCUGCAUUCACUAAAAUUGCUGCUCCUUUAAUAACUUUUAAUUUUUUUUUUAAUAAAGCAUUUUGUUAAGUCUUAUCUGGGGUUAAUUGCAUACAUUUUUGGCUUCUUCUCUGCAGUGUCCAGGACAUGAUAUCUCACCCGAUACACCACGAUAGUUUGAUUAUCAAAAUUAUUGUUAGUUAAACAUAAAACAGCUCAGUCCACAUAUUUACUAUCCAGCUAAGUAACGGUUAAUUCGCUGUAAAGCACUAAUUAUACUACUAAUUAUGGCACAAAUCCAUUUUAAUGGUUUCUAAUGGCCUAAUUAACGAUUUUUAUAGGUCUUAAUAAACGAUGAACUUUAACAAACACAAAUGUAAAAAUUGUUACUAUAAAAUGUGUAAUAUAUGCAGGGAAGAUCGGUGGAAACUGCGCAACUUCCCUGGAAUACUCUUUCUAUAGCGAUAAUCUUUGGGCGAAAAGGUGAAAUCAUCCUAUCGUCAGUAAUUACCUUUUUACACAAAUUUCAUUACAUUUUUCUUAAAGUUGCGUUUAUGUCCUUCAUUUUUUACCACAGUAAAAAAAUCUGAUUUCUUUAUGAAUUAAAAAUAACCCCUCAAUCGUUAAAACAAUAUAGCUUACUUUGCGGAUACCGCCUGCUUUCAUUCUUAUUACAGCGAUGAAAGGCACUAUUUAAAAUAAGAGAGUUCUUGAUUAUUUGCAGUUGAGUACUAUUAUCAACAGGGAACUGUAAAGGGCACUUGCAGCAGGGAAAUUCAUCCAAACAAAAUUGUUUUGUCUCGACGUUACGUAAACAAUUUUGCAAAUGAACGGUGUGUCCGGCAACCGAGUUGGUUAGGAAACCAACAAUUAAAAACACUGCGGCCAAAUUUCCUGCCGCCAUUGAAGCGUGUUGCAUUUCACCACUUGCUUCCUCGUAUGGCCUCUUGAGCGUUUACUGCAAUUUAUUUGCACUCAUUAUGAAUUUUCUGCGAUUCUUUACCAUUGCGUGCCACCCUCAGUAUUUGUUUUAAUCGACAACGCAUUCGUUCAGCUUUCUGGUGUCUCAUCUAACGGAUUUCAAUUUUUUCGCCGCGGCUGCGAUUCUCAUUACUGUUUUUCCAUUAGCUUGUCGUAAGGUAUCUAUGGAACGGGGCGCAGGGCUUGCCACGGCGUGUUUUUGGAUCAGGUCUACCUUCUUUCGUGGAAUAUCUACUGCUAUAUUGAAUACUAAAUAAGUUAAUUUAGUUCAGUAACUUUUUAAGUAAAAUCCUUAGAACACAUCGGAUAUGACUUCUAUGAAAGAAUGAUUCGACUUUUAUUUCAAAUAACUAAAUAUCUGCACGCGGAUACAACGUGAAAUACUUUUAUUGUCACUACGUCUAUCCUACUUAAUACAUCUUAUUACUUUAUAUCCACUGACAAUUUGUAUCAUAAUAGUAAAUGCUGAACAAAAGCACGCCGGCUGUAUUUCUUUAAAUUUAGAUUUAAUGUUAUUUUGGGUACUUAUCUUCAUAAAUUAUUUACAGACAGUUGAGGGUUCGUGGCUUCCGAUCACCAUAAAAAUAGCAAGAGCAUAAAAUGCUGGUCUAAGCCAGGGGCUGCAUUUUUAGUUUUUGUUUAUCAAAACUUUGAAUCCAUAGUAUUCUUGUGGUUCAAUCUUCAAAGACAAAAAAAAAAGAUAUCAAAUAUGGUACCAUCCCCUUUCGAUCACCUUAGAACCGAUCCACCACAGCAAGCACACAAAUUGUAUGUCUUAACUGUAAAUAUAAAUGAAUAGGAUUGCCACGUUGUCACAUAUUUUAACAGUUGGCAUCAUGCUUUGCAGGGCGGCUGGAUAAAUUCGGUUGUCGCUCGGCAUUCCAUUGGAUUCAUUCCACCGUCAUUAUGCAAUAAAACGCACGAAACAAAAAGAAACAAUAAUUCAGCCUACUAUUACGAAGUGAAUAGAAUUUAAAAAAAAA